CGCCGCGCGGGAGAGGCGGGUGGUCGCCAGCGCCGGCUGCGCGCCGCGGUCCCCGGCUCCGCUUUCCUUUGUCUCCCGCCCGCGGGGCGGCCGGAGCGCUCCCGGCGCACGGCCCUGCGGCCUCAAGAUGGCUGAUGGCCACGAGGAUGCUCGAGCGGACGACCUGCCAGGCCCGGCCUUCGAGAGCUACGAGGCCAUGGAGCUGGCCUGCCCGGCCGAGCGCAGCGGCCACGUCGCCGUCAGCGAUGGGCGCCACAUGUUCGUCUGGGGCGGCUACAAGAGUAAUCAAGUGAGAGGAUUAUAUGACUUUUAUCUCCCCAGAGAAGAACUUUGGAUCUACAACAUGGAGACUGGAAGAUGGAAAAAAAUCAACACUGAAGGUGACGUUCCUCCUUCCAUGUCUGGGAGCUGUGCUGUGUGUGUGGACAGGGUGCUGUACUUGUUUGGAGGACACCAUUCCAGGGGUAAUACAAAUAAGUUCUACAUGCUGGAUUCAAGAUCUGCAGACAGAGUGUUACAGUGGGAAAGAAUUGAUUGCCAAGGAAUUCCUCCAUCAUCCAAGGACAAACUUGGUGUCUGGGUCUAUAAAAACAAGUUAAUAUUUUUUGGAGGGUAUGGAUAUUUACCUGAAGAUAAAGUAUUGGGAACUUUUGAAUUUGAUGAAACAUCUUUUUGGAAUUCAAGUCAUCCAAGAGGAUGGAAUGAUCAUGUACAUAUAUUAGAUACUGAAACAUUUGCCUGGAGCCAGCCCAUCACCACCGGUAAAGCACCUUCCCCCCGUGCUGCCCACGCCUGUGCCACUGUUGGAAACAAGGGCUUUGUGUUUGGCGGCAGAUACCGAGAUGCUAGAAUGAAUGAUCUCCACUGUCUUAACCUGGACACAUGGGAGUGGAGUGAAUUAAUUCCACAAGGCAUAUGCCCCGUUGGCCGAUCCUGGCACUCAUUGACACCAGUCUCUUCCGAUCAUCUUUUUCUCUUUGGAGGAUUUACCACUGAAAAACAGCCACUAAGUGAUGCCUGGACUUACUGCAUCAGUAAAAAUGAAUGGAUUCAGUUUAAUCAUCCUUAUACUGAAAAGCCAAGGUUAUGGCAUACAGCUUGUGCAAGCGAUGAAGGGGAAGUCAUUGUCUUUGGUGGCUGUGCAAACAACCUGCUGGUCCACCACAGAGCUGCACACAGUAAUGAAGUACUUAUAUUUUCAGUUCAACCAAAAUCUCUUGUACGGCUAAGCCUAGAAGCAGUCAUUUGCUUUAAAGAAAUGCUAGCCAACUCGUGGAACUGCCUUCCAAAACACCUCCUUCACAGUGUUAAUCAAAGGUUCGGUAGUAACAACACUUCUGGAUCAUAAGGCUUCACAGAUAAUAAUUCUGAUCUGCUUGCAUGGAAAACAACCCUGUAUUUGUCACAGAGUGGCAUCCAUUGUAUAAUUAUAUUCAUUGUUGUAGUUUGCAGCUUUCUGGGUUUUAUGUGCAUGUGAAUGGCCUAGAGAACCUAUUUUUGUGUCUAAAGUUUACAAUAAAUGUAUUUAACACCA